GGUGCAUCCCAUUCUACAAGUGGUCAACUGGGCAUGUGCAGGUGUGUGUGUGUGUGUGUGUGUGUGUGUGUGUGUGUGUGUGCGUGUGUGUGGUGUGGGGGCGAGUUGUUCUUCUUCCUGGUCUCAGCCAAGACGAAGCAGAAGACCGCCGCCAAGCAGCAGAUCAACAGCAGCACUCAUAACAGGCGACGAGAUGAAGAGUUUGCUUUGCCUCACCGUUCUAGUUUGUGCCUUUGUUUUCCACGUCAGCGAGGCCAGAGUCAUCCCGGAGGGAGUGCCGUAUGACGAAGCCCCCGCCGUCCCUUACUGGCCGUACUCCACCUCGGACUUCUGGAACUAUGUGGAGUAUUUCAGGUCCAUCGGGGCCUACAAGCACAUAGACGAGAUGGCGCGGGCCUUCUUCGCCCACCAGCACCUGGGUGACACGCUGGGCUACGACAGCAAUGCCGGACACGAGCACUGAGGGGCCACGAUGAGCCAGGAGACCCUGGAAGUUCCACAAAAGGCCAAACAUGCAGUUUGCAGUUUUAGUAGAGCCAUACUUGUAGAUUAAGGCAAUGGUAGCAUUUUUUAUUUUUUUAGGUAUGUAUGUUGCUUUCAUGCAAUGAACUUCAAAUAAAGCCACAAUUCUUCGACUCGUUUUUAAUUUUUUU